AAAAAUGAACCAAAUAAUAAAAGCGUAUGUGAAUCGUAUCGAAGCUGCGUUCAAUGAUCUGGAUGUUUUAUUCGAUAUUUCGUUAGUUCAUAUACAUAUUUUGGAAAAUCAACCGUCAGCUUUGCCAGUUUUCGGCGGCGACAUUGAGAAACUGCUCGAUUCGUUCUGCGAAUACGCGACUUCUGUCAAUCCACCAGAUGACAAUAAUCCGCAUCAUUGGGACAUUGCACUUUAUUUAACUGGAUUAAAUCUAUAUGAACAUUUGGGCAAAAUAUUAAAUAGAAAAAUGUGGAAAAAUUAUACAGUGACGGGAAAUGCCUACCAGGAUGGCGCAUGCAAACCACUUUUAUCAUGCGCAAUAGUAGAAUUUCGCAAUAACUUUGAAACCCAAUCCUCGCGUUAUAUAUCAUUAUCUACUGAUGCUGUUUUUAAAAUCGGCCAUCUUUUAGGAUUGGCACAAGAUCAAAAUUAUGGAGUUGCAAAAAAAUACGACGAUAAAUUCAUGAAUUCAGCUGGCCCUACAUUUCGCGGCAUGAUAACAUGGUCCGAGGAUAGUCGUAAUAAAAUAAAAAAAGUUUGGGAAAGAAAAAAAUGUCUUCGAGAUGAUACGAGGUCGGACAAAACGGGAGAACAGUUAAUCAUAGAACUUGCCGUUUUUGUUGACGAAACUGCAUAUCGUAAGUUUUUGCCUCUUCUGGACAACGAUGAGAAAAAGUUGCACAAUAUAGUAUUAGCAUACGUGAAUCAAAUACAAGCUGUGUUCCAUCAUCCGAGCUUGGGUGUCUCACUCGAUAUUAUGUUGGUACAUUUGUAUAUUAUGAACAAACAACCGUCAAAUUUGAUCAUUUCUGGCGACGUUGACAAAGUGCUCGAUUCGUUUUGCAAAUACGCGAAUUCUCUCAAUCCACCAGAUGACAAUGAUCCGGGUCACUGGGACAUUAGUCUUUACCUAACCGGAAAAAAUCUUUAUGAAUUUUUGGGCAGACGGUUGCCCUAUAAAAGAGGCAAGAGACUAACCGAUUUCACAACAGGAUUAACCUACGUUGAUGAAGUGUGCAGCCCACAAAAUUCGUGUGCAGUAGUAGAGUUCGGUGCUGUAUUUGAAAGCUUAACCUCGGGGUUUUCAUCAUCACUUUCUGCUCUUCAUUUAAUCGGCCAUCUUAUAGGAUUGGAAUUCGAUAGGGAUCCUUUUGAAUCGUAUAACAAUGCGGAUAAUGUAAAUAUACCUGUAAUGUCACCUUACCGAUAUUUUCGGGGUCAUGUAACAUGGUCUAAACGUAGUCGUAACAAAAUUGAAAGACUCUGGGAAAGGAAGCCGUGUCUUCGAGAUGAUACGACAUCCGAAAACAUCACUAACGCUUAUGCAUUGGAUCAUUCGCGUUAUCACGAAUUACCCGGAAGAGAAUGGACUGCCAAAGCACAAUGCGAAUUAUAUUUGGGUGACAAGAAUGCGAACGUAGUAACGUUGCAUGACAUAUGUCAAACUUUACAAUGCGAGACGCCUCGCAGAACUUACUUUGCGGGACCAGCGUUGGAUGGAUCUUCUUGCGCACUUGGGAAGGAAUGUCGCGGCGGGGAAUGCGUGCCUGUUAUCGAACCGCCGUACAUAUUUAAGUAUUGUGAAGACAAUAACUGGAGCGAAUGGAAAAAGGACUCCUGUAGAAGUAGUUGCUUGGCACAAUCCAAAGGCGUGGUAGUCAAACGACGUUCUUGCAAGCAUGGGAUUAACAAAUCGGCGAAUUGCAUAGAACUAUAUUACGACGUGGUUCUGUGCAAUGAUUCUUUACUGUGUACUCAGAAACGCAUGACGAUUGCGGAGUUUACUACCAUAAAAUGCACUGAAUUUAAGGAUAUUAUGUCAGAUCUGCAUUCACAGCCAGGAUAUCAGGGUCAUUAUUACAAUGAUAGACCAUGGAUAGCUUGUACUAUAUUUUGCAAACGAAAAAACUUUUCUUAUUCAAGCGUUGAAAUGAUUGCUAAUGGUGUAAACCCAUACUUUCCAGAUGGAACAUUAUGCCACAAGGAACGUAAUAAGAAUUAUUAUUGUCGUAAGCAUCAUUGUGUACCAGAAAACUAUGAAUUCUGAGAAAAUUACCAACUAAUUUAUAUCUAAGCGAGGAUAUGGAAGAAUUGUGAUUGCAAUACAUGUGUAAUCAAUAAAUACCGUAUACUUUGUAUAGUUUCUGACAAUUUAUAAAACAUGUAUAGACUUAGAUAAUUUUUAUUUUACACAAGAUGGCUUGCACACUCGACCUAGACAGAUGGAUCGACGAGUGUGUCAAAAGCAUGUGAAACAAAUUUUAUUACUUAGUAUUAGUAACAGCAAAAAAAAAAUUAAAAAUAUUAGUUUUUAAUUAACAAGAUUACGAAAGGAGACUGUUGGGUAAAACAGUUUCAGUAAAAAAGUAGGGACAAUCUUAUGCUGUUUGAGAAAAUAUUUCGAGCGAAAUUGAAAACGACGAUAUAUUGUUAUUUAAAUUAUA